AUGCCAGGACUUUUGGAGAAGCGGAAACGUUCGACUGUAGUUGAGAGCGACGACGAGCAACAGUCGGACGUCCCUUACAGCUCGGCCAACAAACGCGCGCGCUCCAUCCGCGACGCGUCCGACGAUCCCUCAAUCAGCCGCAAUGACAGCUACCCUAACGAAGAUGUUCACCAGCCUGGAUCUUUGGUGCGAGUCAAGCUUACCAAUUUUGUCACCUAUACCUACGCCGAGUUCCAUCUGGGUCCCAGCCUCAAUAUGAUCAUUGGCCCAAAUGGAACAGGCAAGAGUACGUUGGUCUGUGCCAUCUGUCUAGGUCUGGGAUGGUCUGCACAGUAUCUUGGUAGAGCCAAAGAGAUCGGCGAAUUCGUGAAGCAUGGCUACACCGAGGCAGAGAUUGAAAUUGAGCUAGCUGGCUCUAGCAACCAGAAAAACCCCACUAUACGUCGAAGGAUUCAAAGGGACGGUAAUAAGACAAUGUUCUACAUCAAUGACGUCCAUAAAUCGCAGAAGGAGGUCAGGGCCCUGGCAGAAGCUUUCUCCAUACAGAUCAACAAUCUCUGUCAAUUUUUACCCCAGGACCGUGUGGUAGAAUUUGCUAAAAUGGAUUCCAUCGAGAUGCUUGGUGAGACAUUGCGUGCUGCAGCGUCUGGUCAAAUGGUACAGUGGCACGACGAGCUUAAAAAGCUGCGGACCGACGAAAAGGUUCUUGAAGCCCAGCAGCAAGAUCAACAGCAGCAUUUGAAAACCUUGCAAUCCAAGCAAAACGCUACGCGAGAAGAUGUCGAACGGUAUAACCAACGUCAGGAGCUUCUGACUAAAUCGAGAGUCCUUGAACAGUGCCGUCCCAUUAUUAGAUGGACAGAACUCAGAGCCGAGAUUGAUCAGAUAAAGGAAGAAGAACGUAACGCUCGAAUCGAAUUGCGCAGAUACGAGGACGAAGCCGAGCCUGUUCACCGUGCCGAGGCGGAAAUGGAGAAUGAUAGGCUUCUGAUCGAACAGAUCAAAAUAAGGCGCAAACACAACUUCGAAGUUAAAAAAGGCGCUGUGGAAAGGUUUGCGAAGAAGAUCGAUGACGAUCAGCAAACCUUGGGUCACCUUGCAACCGAAAUCGAUGCUGAGAAGCAAGCUGAGAAGAAGCGGAGGCAAGACAUCACGCGGCUAGAGAAUGAAAUCACCAAUCUGAGACAACAAGCGGAGAGCAACACCGUGGAUUACGACCCAGCCUCCUUUGUCUCACGCAAUGCAGGUGUUCGCGCUCGAAAGUCUGCGGCCGAUCGAAAAGUGGCUAUGCUUCUAGAUGAGCUAAGAAGAAUACGCGAAGACGCCAUUCGAGAUACAGAAGCAUUGCGGUCCAAGGAACAGGAAAAGGCGCACCUCAAUUCGCGAAGCGGCCAGCAGGACAGUCUUUUAUCGAGACUAUCCAUGGAUACUCAUAAAGCAUGGACUUGGCUCAAAGCGAAUGUAGGCACGCUCUCUUUGAGAGACGAGGUCUACGGGCCCCCAGUUGUCGAAUGCUCAGUGCCUGAUCCGAAAAACGCUGACGCUAUUGAGACUCUGCUGCGUCUUGGAGAUUUGACAGCCAUCACAUGCACAAACAAAGAGGACGCUCAAAAAGUCCAGGACAAACUUGUAGGCAGGAAGGAUGCAGGUGGGCUAGGCUUGCACCAUAUUACCAUCCGCACAGUUCCUCUACCGCGUUCUUCUUAUCAGUCCCCUCUCACACCCGAAGAGCUUGCGAAUUUCGGUUUUGAGGGGUGGAUAAGCGACUUUAUUGAAGGACCCGACGCCGUACUAGCGAUGUUAUGCGAUAAUGCUAAGAUCCAUGCGACCGCGUUUGCUUCCCGGCCGAUCACCACUGAACAGUACAAUGCUAUAGAGGGGAGUGAAAAGCUUCAAAGAUGGAUUGGUGGAAAUGAGCUCUAUAGCAUUACCCGGCGUCGCGAGUACGGGAUCUCAUCCACCAGCGUCAAUUCAAUCAGGAAAGCACAGAAUUUCACUGGUCAGCCUGUCGCCACCAUGGAAAUGCAGCAAGUGGACGAUGCGAUCAAGGGUCUUCAGCGUGAGGCUGUCUUGAGAAAGGGUCUUCACGUAACCAAAAAGAAAGAUUAUGAUGCAGCCAAGCAGGAUCAAGGCGAAGCUGAAGCUGAGAGGGCCGAAAUCCACGCCGAACAGGAUCCUGCGAAAGAAACCGAUUUGAAAGAAACCAGGAGCUUAAGCCGCGACACAAACAGUCGCAUCAAAGAGAUCCAGACAAGACAGGAGAGUGUGGCACUGGCAGUGGCACGCGACACUCUUUCGUACGCUAAAGAGGUGACGCAGCUGCGUGCCUUACAUGAAUCAUUCCUUGAAGCCGAAAUUCGUAUGAUUGAGGCCAACUCCGAGGUCGAUGGCUUCAAGAACGACAAUCGUGAAAUUCUUGAGGCAAUCCAGCGGCAGAGGGACGCAAUUGAGAAGUUCAAGACCGAUCACAAUUCCAAAAAGGCAGAAGCUCGGCAGAUAUCGGAGAGCGUAAAACGCAUGCUUAGUAGCGCGUCGGAGGGAGAAGGAGCGCUUAUCCAAGAGUACAGAACCCUGUCUAUGGAGGAGUUGGAGAACGAAAUCUCGGCCAUUAACUCCCGUCUCGAAUUGAUGGCUGAUGGGAAUCCGCAGGCCAUCAAGGCUUAUGAAGAUCGGAAGCGAGACAUCCAGAAAGUCGAACGAACCCUUGCAGAUGCUGCAGAUAAGCUGGAGUAUAACCGAACUAGGAUUACAGACAUCCGCGAGCAGUGGGAGCCUGAACUGGACACGAUAGUAUCAACUAUUAGUGACGGCUUCGCUCACAACUUCGAACAGAUUGGGUGCGCCGGACUAGUUUCCGUGAAGAAAGACGAUGAUUUCGACAAAUGGGCCAUCCAAAUCGAAGUCAGCUUCCGGGAAGGAGAGCCGCUGGCCAUUCUUGAUUCCCAUCGUCAGUCCGGUGGCGAACGCGCUGUAUCGACUAUCUUCUACCUCAUGGCACUCCAGGGCCUUGCGCGUUCGCCUUUCCGCGUAGUGGACGAGAUCAACCAGGGUAUGGAUCCGCGCAAUGAACGCAUGGUACACGAGCGUAUGGUCGACAUUGCUUGUCGGGAGCGCACGAGCCAGUACUUCCUUGUUACACCGAAGCUGCUCAACGACUUGAAAUUCCAUCCCAAAAUGAAGGUUCAUUGCAUUGCGAGUGGCGAGUACAUGCCUGAUCAGCGCACGAACCUUGACUUCCGGAGCCUGGCUGACUUGGCGAUGCGGGUGCGGAAGGGAGUAGCUGCUUCUUAA